GGCUAGUAAGUUUGUGAUGUCAUAUGUGGCGGCAGUGUGUGGGAAGGGCCAGGAGGUGAACAAAGUGAAGGAGCAGCUGCUUCAGUCCAAUCCCGUGCUUGAGGCUUUUGGGAACGCCAAAACCGUGAGGAAUGACAACUCGUCUCGAUUUGGGAAGUACAUGGAUAUCGAGUUUGACUUCAAAGGAGACCCCCUUGGUGGAGUCAUCAGUAAUUAUCUCUUGGAGAAAUCCCGUGUGGUAAAGCAGCCCAGGGGCGAGAGGAAUUUCCACAUCUUCUACCAGCUGCUUUCUGGAGCAUCAGAUGACACGCUCAAAAAACUGAAGCUGGACCGAGACUUCAGCAAAUACAACUACCUUAGCCUGGAUUCGGCAACAGUCAAUGGACUGGACGAUGCUGCCAGUUUCAGAACAGUUAGAAAUGCCAUGCAAAUUGUGGGCUUCAUGGAGGAUGAGGUUCAGUCAAUACUGGAGCUGGUGGCUGCUGUUCUCAAACUGGGAAACAUCGAGUUCAAACCAGAGUCUCGUUGCAAUGGCUUCGAUGAGAGUCGAAUCAAGGACAAGAACGACCUGAAAGAGAUGUGUGAGCUGCUGGGCAUUGAGCAGUCCGUGCUGGAAAGAGCGUUCAGCUUCCGUACCGUUGAGGCCAAGAUGGAGAAGGUGUCCACAUCACUCAACGUGGCUCAGGCCUAUUACGCUCGUGAUGCUCUUGCCAAAAACCUCUACAGCCGACUGUUCAGCUGGCUGGUGAACCGAAUCAAUGAAAGCAUCAAGGCUCAAACCAAAACACACAAGAAAGUAAUGGGAGUCCUGGAUAUUUAUGGUUUUGAAAUCUUUGAGAAUGGAGACAACAGUUUUGAACAGUUCAUUAUCAACUACUGCAAUGAGAAGCUCCAGCAAAUCUUCAUCGAGCUUACUCUCCGCGAAGAGCAGGAGGAGUAUAUCCGUGAGGGUAUUGAGUGGACCAACAUUGAGUAUUUCAACAACGCCAUCAUAUGUGACCUCAUUGAAAAUAACAAGAAUGGGAUUUUGGCCAUGUUGGAUGAGGAGUGUUUGAGGCCAGGCACAGUGACAGAUGAGACUUUCCUGGACAAGUUGAACACCGUUUGUGCUGAACACCAGCAUUUUGAGAGCAGACAGAGCAAAAACUCCAAGUUCCUCACAGACCACAGCCUACCACACAACUGCUUCCGCAUCCAGCACUACGCUGGCAAGGUGCUGUAUCGGGUGGAGGGAUUCGUGGACAAAAACAAUGACCUCCUCUACAGAGAUUUAUCCCAAGCCAUGUACAAAGCCAAUCACAGCCUGAUAAAGAUUCUCUUUCCUGAGGGAAACCCAGCUAAAGUGAACCUCAAGCGGCCCCCUACAGCUGGAUUCCAGUUCAGAGCCUCAGUUGGAACACUCAUGAAGAACCUUCUGACCAAGAACCCCAACUACAUCAGGUGCAUCAAACCCAAUGACAAGAAAGCAGCCCACAUUUUCACAGACUCACUAGUGUGUCACCAGGCGCGCUAUUUGGGUCUGAUGGAGAAUGUACGCGUAAGAAGGGCUGGUUAUGCUUUCCGCCAGCCCUACGAGCCCUGUCUGGAGCGCUACAAGAUGCUCUGCAAGCAGACCUGGCCCCACUGGAAGGGCCCAGCCAGGGAGGGUGUCGAGGUUCUCCUGAAAAAUCUGCAGGUUCGUGCUGAGGACUUUGCCUAUGGACGUUCAAAGAUCUUCAUCAGGAACCCAAGAACGCUCUUCUUCUUGGAAGAGAAGAGGAGGCAGUGCCUAGAGGAUCUGGCAACCCUCAUCCAGAAGAUCUACCGUGGUUGGAAGUGCCGCACUCACUUUCUCCUGUUGAAGAAGAGCCAGGUGGUGGUGGCCGCCUGGUACCGAAGAUUUGCGCAACAAAAGAAGUACCAGAACAUCAGGUCCUCUGCCUUAGUGUUACAAUCAUUCAUCCGAGGAUGGAAGGCCCGGAAGCUUCUGCGUGAGCUGAAACACAAGAAGCGGUGCGAAGAGGCCGUCACAACUAUUUCUGCCUACUGGCAUGGAACUCAGGCUCGCUGGGAACUGCGGCGUCUUAAGGAGGAGGCACGGAAUAAACACGCCGUGUCUGUCAUUUGGGCAGCUUGGCUUGGAACUAAGGCUCGGAGGGAACUGCGGCGAUUAAAGCAUGAAGCUCGCAGUAAACAGGCCGUGUCUGUCAUUUGGGCCUGCUGGCAAGGAACUAAGGCACGUAGAGAGCUGAAACGCUUGAAGGAGGAAGCCAGGCGUAAGCACGCCGUCGCUGUCAUUUGGGCCUACUGGUUGGGACUAAAGGUCCGUCGGGAAUAUAGGAAGUUCUUCAGAGCCAAUGCUGGCAAGAAGAUCUAUGACUUCACCAUUCAGAGAAUUAUGCAGAAGUACUUCAUGGGCUUGAAGAAAACGAUGCCUUCCAUGUCACCAGUUGACAAGAGCUGGCCAGCUCGCCCCUACGGUUUCCUGGAUGGGAUGCAUCAAGAGCUCAGGAGGAUUUUCCAUCUGUGGAGGUGUAAGAAAUACCGCAGCCAGUUCACAGAAGAGAAGAAGGCUACCUACGAGGAGAAGCUUGCGGCUAGUGAACUCUUCAAAGAUAAGAAGGCCUUGUAUCCUAGCAGUGUGGGGCAGCCUUUCAAAGGAGACUAUGUGGAGAUAACCAAAAACCCAAAGUACCAGAAGCUCAACAGCUUGGUGGAGGAUAAAGUUUUGCUUGCAGAUGUGGUCAGUAAAAUCAACCGUGCCAAUGGCAAGGGAGCUCCAAGAAUUUUCCUCCUCACCAAGAAGAGCUUUGUUCUGGCUGACCAGAAGACGGGCCAGGUGAAGGCCAGCGUUCCCCUGCUGGACCUCAGCAGUGUUUCUGUGAGCACACAGAGCGAUGGCUUUUUCGCCCUCAAGCUCAAAGAGGGUUCUACAUCUGCAGCCAAAGGUGACUUCCUGCUGAGCAGUGAUCGACUGAUUGAGAUCAUCACCAAACUUCAUCGCAUUGGUGCUGCUUCAGCUGACAGAAACCAGAUCAAUAUCGAUAUUUCAGAUGAGUUCUUAGUGCAGUUCAAGCAGGACAAAGUGUGUGUAAAAUUCAUCCAGGGUACACCAAAGAACGGCAACGGUGUCGCCUGCAAACGUAAAAACAACCGUCUUCUGGAAGUGUCUGUUCCGUCACCGUAAGGAGCGAUCAGCUCGGCCCACUGAGGGGUGUCAUCUCUGAGAAUCUUCACUCUCCCCCAAUCCCGUAAUGAUCGUGCAAUUAUGUUGAUCCUGUCAUUUCUGAUUCUAAAUAGUCAAAUCAGCAGGUUUUUGGCACCUAAAGAUGUUACUGCUUCCCUGCUUUUAACAGUGGGGUGGAAGUCCAUCAUUCUCUCUUCCCAAACUGUGGGACUGAACAGAACUAGUCUUUAAUUGAAAUAACAAUAAUAACCAUUAUGAUUACAGUGACAUGCUUUGAGGCUGGCAAUGGCCGAAGAUUCACUUGGUGAAUCUCACCUCACACUCUGCUCAGCAAUAGCCAUGUCUCUGAACCACUGUGUUUGCAUGAGCCUCUUGAUGGGAGAAACUUUGUAAAUAGAGAUGCUGAAGGGUAUUGUUGGGCUCCUAGAAGGAUGCUGAAAAGCUACAAAAUGUAAGAUUGCACUUUUUCACUAGGGGGGGGUGGUCAGGAAAGACUGGUUGGUUGGUUUGUGUUUAUUUUUCUGUUCUAUUGUCAUCUUGUGUUUCUAGUGCAGAACAGUCAUUUAUUGAAAAAAAAUAAAAAUACUCAUCUGACUUUUGCCAAACGAUAAGGCAUUUUGUGAUCCAAAACCUUGUGCCAUUUAGCUGUUCCUCCCCAGGAGAAAGACAUUAUCUUGUAUACGUUGUAGUGCAGACACUUUCUUAUUUAUAAGCCAAAUAAUAAUGAUUAUUUUCAGUUUCAUGAUAAAUGCCAAACAAUAUCAUUCUAAAUCCUGCUUUUUCAGAUGUAUUAUGUUUAUAAAUGCUUGCUUAAUACAUUACAUACAUUAAAUCAGGGUAUUAUCAUGAAAACCACUUCCCCAGUUUUAGCAUGUCACUGAAAUGCGAUGUACAAUACCUGCAUCAUUCAUAUAUAUUCAUGCAGGGCAUCGUUUGAAUUCAUGGGGCCCAAAUACCAUUCAUGGCCCUGCAUUUAUGAUGGAAUCUCCAAUGCUCUAAAGAUCUUCUCACAUCUGGAUUGACUUAGACCAGUAGUCAAGACAACUGGUGAGCGCUUGUUUCAGAAGGCCUCACAGAAGAAAAACUGACGCUAACAACCUGAAUGCUGGUACGAUGUUUGCCAAGUCUGCUUCAGUCAGUCCUUUUACUUAAAGCUGCAUGUAUAUGAGCUGUAGAAUUUGUGUGGACCUUGUUUGGAAGGAGGCUAAUAAUAGUAGGUGAUAUUUGUUGUCCUAUGGCUGUAUCUUGGCAAAAUCGAUAUGCUUUUUGCCACUGGAA